GCAGGAUGCUGCGCUGAGGUGGAAGAUGGCUGCGUGGGCUCGGCGGGGCUCCCGCUGGCCUUGCCUGCUGCAAACGGCUGCUGAAUUUCCUCGGAGGCUGAGGGGCCGCAGCAGCACCGCACAGGCGUGUCGUGGGAUCGCCCCUCUGGCCCUGCCGCCCUCUAGAAAUGACGUUCUUCCGUGGAGAUGGCAGGCAUACAGGCACGUAUCUGUAGGACGCUGUUCUCCGCCCAACAGUGCCAAGGAUGGAUCCUUUUCUUCUCUCGAAAGUCACGUGCCUUCACCAGUAAAACAGGAACAAGUGAAAGCUGAAACAUUACCCGAUCCAAAUGCAAAAAUACUGCAUGAAGACUGGGAUGACAUCCCACCUUCAUCUGCUUUGGAGGAGAUUUCUGAGGAAGAAGCCAUACACAUCAUUGCAGAACCACUUCUUCCCCAUCAAUCCUCCACGCUCCGAGAUUAUGUUGAUCACUCAGAAACCCUGGCGAAACUUGUCCACCUAGGAGUUGACUUAUCCCAAGUAGAGAAACGUCAAAAGGCAGGUCAACUCUUACUGACCUUGGACUUUGAAAAAGAUAUAAAAAAAAUACUUCUGUUUCUUAAGGAUGUGGGUGUAGAAGACAAUCAGCUGGGACCAUUCCUGACCAAAAAUCCAUACAUCCUUGCUGAAGAUCUGGAAGCUUUAGAAACCAGAGUGGCUUACCUAAAAUCAAAAAAAUUUGGUGAGGCAGAAAUUGCUCAGAUGGUCUCAAGAGCUCCAUAUUUGCUGUUGUUUUCAGUGGAAAGACUGGAUAACAGACUGGGUUUCUUCAAAAAGGAACUUGGCCUCAGUGUAAAAAAGACAAAGGAUCUGGUAAUUCGUCUUCCAAGGCUACUGACUGGCAAAUUAGAGCCUGUAAAAGAAACUCUUCAGGUUUGUCAGAUUGAACUUGGUUUUCAACGUGAUGAAAUUCAACGGAUUGUGUUUAAAACCCCCAAGAUACUAACUGCAAGUAAAAAGAGACUCAGACAGACAUUUGACUACUUACACAACGUAAUGGGCAUUCCCCACCACAUGCUUACUCGCUUUCCUCAGGUUUUCAACUCAAAGCUAUUACGAAUCAGAGAGAGACAUAUGUUUCUUACAUUCUUGGGAAGGGCCCAGUAUGACCCAGCACAACCCAGCUACAUCUCUCUGGACCAGCUCGUAUCCUUGCCCGAUGAGGUGUUUUGUACAGAGAUUGCCAAAGCUUCUAUACAGGACUUUGAAAAAUUCUUAAAAACACUUUAAUUAGUAACACAUGUAAAAAGGAAUAGAAUAAAGUUAUGAAAUAAACAUAUUUUAUAAAAUUACCCUCCUUUAUGGUCUCUUAACUUCUUAAUUACUGCUUUAAGUUGUUGCUUAUGAAACGUUUGUAGGAUGUAAAGGCUCACAGUGAUAUUCUUUAUGGUGUCUUAAAAACUUGGUUCAGAAGGAUUAAGUAAAUAUAUGUUGUUUUCUACUGAUGCAAUCCUUGUAAUUAACUGAGAAUGAAUGAUGCAGCACACUAACAGAAAAGUAAAUUAAAGUGGAUUCUUCUGGUUUUUUUUUUUUUUUUCAGUAAUUUUAGAGUUUUGGGAGAUGAAAAAACUAGCUAGUGACUUACUCCCUGUCUUGCCCUUUGUCUUCUCCCCUCACCCUCCCUCCCAAAAAUCAUAAUAACAAGCUAAUGCAGGAGUGAGGAAGUGACGUGAUUACCCGCUUUCACCUUGACAGCUAAUAAUGGUAUUCUUUUCCUUGUAAGGUAGAAAGAAGCACACAGUUACACAGGUGCAGCCCUUCACACACACGGGUAUUUUUCAACCAGUUACAAAGGUGUUUCUUUGUGAAGCUGGCAGCUGAAGCUAGUAUCCUAAAAGCUGCGUGGUGAAACUCAGUUUGAUAUAUGACUGAAAACCAGCAAACUGAAUCUAGGCAAAUUACAAAAAAGAAAAUAAGCUCUUCCUAGAUUUCAGGGGCAUGUGUAGUUUUAUUUUAAGUCACUUUUCUCUUCCACUUGCUGAGGAGGGGAAGCAGUUUUUCCCCACCCCAAAGAGCUUUGUAUGGCUUGAGUAUACAAGUAACCAUACAAAAAGAGGCUGUAAUACAUACUUAGCUGACAGUUAUCUUGCUCAGUUGUAACAUCUGAAGUAAAUGCUAACAUUAGGAAUCACAGGAGUAUUAAAAGUACUUAAUCCAAUCAAUAAACAAAUCACAUUAAUACAUUAAUACGGAGUUAUCAAAUGCUUCACAGUGUAUUUGGUCAAAGUGAAGAAACUGACUAAAGCCAAAUGCAAACUGUCUGAUAGUUUAUUGUUUAGAAGUUUCCAUUCUUUCUGUUGAAAUAGUUCAGGAAACUGAAAUCCAGAUGUUUUCAUUUGGAUUUAAGCUUAUUUAAUGAAAAAGUCUUAAUGUUUCAAAAGCUCAGUGUUGGAGCUUAAAAUACCAAUUUGAGUCCCAGAAGCGUAAGAGCCUGAAGAAGAUUUUGUGUGCAGACAGAAGAAUGAAAUUCAAAAGGUUAAAUUCCCCUAAUAGGCGGGAAAUACACUAAGGUUAAAGAGACAUUAAAAGAAUGAGAAUAGUAGUGAUCUCUGGAUCACAACUUGAGUCUUUUAUCCAAAAUAAAAAUCAGAAUUUGAAUUACAACACCCAAGAAAAGGAAUGUUGUCAGAAGAAGCAGGGUGAAAAAUGAUUUACUGGGGCAUCUUCACUUCAAACAGUAAGAUGUAAAAAAAACAGUAAAAAGCCACAUUCAUUGUCUGCAAUAUAUAUCUGAGAUGUUCUCUUUUUGUCUUUUGUUCUCAUGUUUCCCACUCCGCUGGCCUGGGAAGAUCCCUUGAAACCCUCUAUUGAGUAGACUGUUCUUGCUGGAGACGCUAACAUUUCAUCUGAAAUGGUGGCUGAAAUGUGAUGGCUAAACACUUUUCCCCCGUUCCUUCCUUUCAAAUAAAAAUAUCUCAGUCUAAUUCAAUAUGCUUAGCUAGAUUUUGACUCUUAAAUGCUAAUAACAAACUAAUCUUCAAACAGUCUCACAAAAAUUAAUGCUUCUAGUAAAAAUUAAUAGAAAGUAUGUGGGUUCAUGGUACCAAAGUAAAGAAUUUGUUUUUGCAGAUGUACUCUACUGUCCUUAUCGUGAUCUAUAUUACCAUGUGACAAACCAUUGUAAAUAUUACAGAAUACACAUGAUAUUUUGAAUGUCUUAAACUUGGAGCUCUUAAUUCCUUUAAUAUUUUUAAAUGUAAAAAUUAUUGCUGCCAGAGCUAAACCAGUUUCUUUGAAAUGUUAAACGCGUGAGCUUAUGCCAAAAUAGCUUCCCAGAAAUACCAUGAAGGAAGGAAGCAAAAGAUUUUAUGGGAGUGCUAAAAAGAAAUGGGGGAGAGAGAGGAUAGGACUUUUUGAGGAUCGUGCCAAAUACUUUUUGGCUUUAAGAGGAGAUAAAAAAUUUUUAGAAGAAAUGUUUGGCCUAGAAUUACCAAACUUACUGUAGCCUGCUGUUUUUGAUAAGGGCUAGCAGCCGUUGAUUGAGCAUGUUGAUUAAUUGAGGCUUGCUGGGUAUGAUGCGGCAAAGGCACAGUCUGAGCUGUGCUCUUUGCCUGCGUAUCACAUUCAGCCACAUGCUUUUUUGACUGAAGUUAGAAUCAUUCCACCUGGUUUUUUAUCUUUAAAAAUGCAGCGGUCCGUGCCUGAGGGAACUGCUGGGAGCCGCUCACCUGGCAGCUGCCAUACCUGAGCAGAGAGAGGUUUCUGCUUCUUCCUGCGAUUGUCUUGAUGCUUUGCUUACUCUGCUUUAUGAACGCAAACUCUUGUUUUAGCAAAUGUCCACCUUUAGCCCCCAGUUUGCCGUUACUGGUCAACCAGUUCAGCUGCCUCGGCUGGUGGCUGGAUUACCUCUUAACU